AGUUGAUAAAUCCUUAMAUUUCUUAUAAAAAGUGCUAUUAGCUUGAYCUAUCGUUUUAGCCAACCCAGUGAUGUUGCUUUGCAAGGSUAUUAAAAAAGAGAARCUCUCACCACUCGAUAAAUUGCAGUUCAAUUUAACGAACGAUGAGGAGAAUUACGAAUGUGUGCCAGUACUGGAUGAUAUAGUCGAUCUUGAAGGAUCAAUAUCAGCAAACGAAACACAGGAAGAGUUAUUGCUGCCACUUUCGCAUUCUGAAAGUUUGGGGACACAUGACAACAAUUUGUUGUUGUCACUUGAUUCUAUAGAAGGUGAAGUUGCGGAGCAUACUGCACAAUGCACAGAGAACAUGGAAACUGAAAGCAUAUUGGCACAACAGCCAAGUCUCGAAUUGAAUAAUGAGCAAACUCAGUUAAUGUCCGAGUGCAUAGUGGAAAUGGAAAUUGCAGUUCAGACAACAACAACAGCACAGCAACCUAUAGCUGGCCCAGUACUAGAGAGCAACGUAAGGMCUCUAGAGCAGCCACAAAUUGAAACGCAAACAAAACCACAUUCAGCAYCCCAAACAGGGGAAACAUGCUCGCUACAAGAACAACAGCAACAAGAAGCGCAUAUUGUUGUACAACAAGCGUUAACAGGCGAGCAAGUCCACGUUCCCGGGUUUAUUUCACGCGAAGUGAAGGAAGAGUUGCUGCAGGAAGUACAACAAUCGGCCGACAAUUGCACUGAACACCACAGACAAAAACAAAAAACGACGAAGCAACUAAAAAGUACAGGAACAGAAGUUGCCACAGCACUAACMAGAAUAAUUGAGGCACAUAAGUUGGCGCUGCAACAAAAGCAGCAAAAUUGUAGCAAAAACAAUGCGCAGACGACAGUGGAAUCGSAAGCAAAACAACAACAAGAACAAACACUUGAAAAAUGCGCAGUGCGGGAAAAGCAACAACAUUCACAAAGACUACAAAAACAUUCACAAUCACAGCAACAAUCAUUACAAAAACAAAAACAAAAACUACAACAACCACCUCAACAUCAGCAGCUGAAAACAGCAACUGAACAUCAGCAAGAACAAAAACAGCAGCAACAAGCUUUUACUGUUAAAAUACCACUACCGAAAGCACAGCAACAACGUAAAAAGCAACAACAGCAAAUAUCAGCUCUAAAACAGGCAAAGGAAAAGCAGCCAGCGGCAAUAGUGCAACAGAGCAUACAACAAMAACAACAACAACAACAAACUGUGUCAGARACGCCACAAACAGUACAACAACAARAAACUGUGACAAAAGCGCCGCRGAUAAUACAACAACAACAACACGAUGCCUCUACAACAAUCGCCGAAAGUAACAACACACAAAAAAAGCUGAAAUCUACACCGCUGCCACAAAAACAACAAGCAUCAAAUGAACAGCGUGCAAUUCGGCAACAAACACCGCUACAACAACAACAACAACAACAACAACCGUUACCAACCGUAGUUAUACCAAUGUCAAUGCUACAACAACAAAAAGAAUUUGCAGUUGAAGACCAGGCGCCACAAACGCAAAAACAACAAAUAAGAAAAUCGCUGMGAACACAAAAAUCACAAAUUAUCGCAAAACAAAAGGUUCCACACACUAAAAAACAAUUAGAGUCACAGCAAUUAGCCAAGCCGASUCAAGCACUCCACACAAAAACUCAUGUACAGCAAGAAUUGCAGGAACAAGAAAAUCUGGAUAUUGAAAAGCAAAAGGAAGAGUUGCAUCAACAUCACCAAUUAGUGCCUCAGAAUGUUGCUAAAGCAGUCGCUGCGCAAAUUCAACCAGAGCCGCAACAGUCGCCACAACAACUAACUCAGACUGAGCUACCGACCCUUUUAGUACAACAACAGCAAGCAAUAAAUAACCAAAAUGAAAAUGAACCUACUGAAAAUCCACAACCGAUUGAGCCAAUUAAACAAAGUCGCACAGUGCAACAACAAACAAUUGGAGAAAAUCUCAAUGCCAGCAAUCCGACAGGGCUCGAGUUCCUGCCACAACAAUUGCAGCAACAAUUCAAUCAACCACAAUUAAUUCUGCAACGCACAAGCACUCAGAUACAAGAGCAGGUAAUGUUGCGGUCCACCGGCACACCGCUCUCACAGGACUCACCAAUCAAUCUGMCCCCAUUUGUGCAACUCACCAACAAACAAACAAUCAACACAACAAAAAAGAAAAGUGUAAAGCCUACAAAGCCAACAACACGUAAAGCUGCAAAGCUUAGCGAUUAUGUGCCACAACUCACGCACGUUUUCCAACCRCUACCUGUUGCUUUGAACACCAAGAAAGCAMCUACACUUGAACCGACCACAACCACCACCGAYCUGCCAGAGUCCAACACAAACGUUGCAACAGCAAGUCACCAGCAAUUAACACCARCCGUAGAAGAGCAAUUUGUUACCGCCAGCAAUAUAAGCUUAUCACCACCAACUGCAAAUGCCAUGGUAUUGACGUUGCCAGUAACACUGAACGCGACCAGCACCAGUGCAUCCAAUGCAUCCAACGCAUCGUUUGUGUACACGCUGAGUGGCGAUAGCAGCUUGUUCAAUAGUUCGGAACUCUUGAAGGCGCUGGAAAAUUAUCAACUACAAUUUAGUCAACAACAGCAACAACAACAACAAAUGACACAGUCAGAACAAACGUUGCAACAACAACUGACACAGUCAGAGCAAUCGUUGSAACAACAAGUGCAGCAGGAGCAACCAUUUGAACUCAACUACAAUCGGUUGCAAGUUACGCAGCAACAACAACAAGACUACCAGGUAGCCAUACAAAUGUCACAACCAUUGGCAUUUGUAGAUAGCGCGAAACGGCAAGAGGAGCAGGAACAGCAACAACAAGAAGAGGUGCAACAACAACAGUUACAACAACAAUUGUUACUACAACAACAAGACGAGGAAAUACAACAGCAAGAAGAUGAACAACAACAACAACUGCUGCUACAACAACAGCCACAGUCACAACAACUACUGUUGCUACAACAACUUUUAAAACAACAACAACAACAUAACCAAGCAGCCAUACAAAUACAGCAACCUUUGUUGUUCUUGGAUCAUGUGGAGCAGCAACAGCAGUUACAACAACAACAAUCAUAUCAGCUAUUAUUACACCAACAACAACAACAACAACAACAACAGCACCAACAAAUGCAACCAAUUGUAUAUCAACUAGUGGAUGUCAACCAGGCGCCGCACACUGCCGCCGCCUUUGCCGGUGAACAAGUUCAACARUAUUUGCAGUUAUCACAAACACCUUAUUUCACACAACUUGCUGUACAAGAAGAGUCUGCCACACAAGCGCAACAAUCCACCACACUCGAUACYGCUAACGCGACCGCACACUUACCGCCUGCGAUCAUAAACGAAAUGUUGCAGGCAAAUGUUUGGUUCGAACACAAUUAUGCCAUGGCACCACUAUCAYACGCACUACACUUAACAUCAUUGCCUUCACCGAAAGGUGUCUGUCGCAUGCGUUCCCGUCCGUUGCCUAAAUCAUUCUUCUACCGACGCUUAGAGAAAAUAGACUACUUUCGCGAAUUGACGGCGCUCAAUAUUGCCGAAUAUCRGCUGCAGUGCACCAGUUUGGGCAAAUCAUAUUUGCAAGCGCAGAUUCGCACCACACACCUGCGUACGGUGGUGAGUGGCGAUAUAUUGGCGGCGUUGCUACCACGUUGUGCGCCAGAUUUGCUGCAGCAUCUGCAAUURGUGCUGCAAUAUCUUGGCGAAUUUCACUUUAAUACCUGGGAACAGCGUCAGCAACGAAAAGUAAUUUCGAAAUGCUCGCAACGCACGCUGCACACCCUGUGCGCGCAUAUACUGUUAYUAUUUUUCCAAUACUCAUCGCCAUUCCAAAGUAAAUGUUUGGAUAUGGCAACAGGCUGGUGGCAAUUUGAGCAGCGUAACUGCUUGGGAGUUGAAACAGCGCGUGCGUCCAGUGCAGGAAUAGUUAAUAUGUUCGAAGAUUUGAGUUUGGCUAUUGAUCCAUGUGUACUAGCGGAGAUGGCGGCGCUUAAGCGCAAUUUAUGACAGUUACAAGGCAAUUUUGCGUUGCGUAGCAGUUUAAAAUUGCACCAAAUUAUGUUAUUAAGUUUAUUUCGUUGUAUAGCGGUAUAUACAUUGUAUGCAACAUGUUGUUUUAAUUGUAUAAAUCACACAUAUUUCCCACUCAAUAGUCUGGUAGUCAGCAAUAUUUUCAAUACUCAACAUACAUAUGUACAUACUCGUACAUACAUAUGUACAUAUGUAAAU